GUUCUGACUUUGUAGCUGCAUAUGCACUACUACUUUUGCAAUCUUCUCGAUAGUAUAACCCUGUACCCCAACAUACACUUCCAAAACAUCAUCUUUCCUCUUUCUCAACACCACUACCUCGAUUUCAUUCGAUUCGCAGUGUUGAUUUCACAGUCAUCAUGGCAACUCCAACAAAGAAUCCCAAACCUCUACCUUUCUAUUGCCAGUUCACAGCCGGUGCAAUAGCCGGUGUAUCUGAGCUAUUACUUCUCUAUCCUCUCGAUACGGUAAAGACGCGAUUGAUGUUACAAGGAAAAGUUCAAGCAGCCGGAGCAGAACAUUACACUGGAAUGGUUGAUGCUUUUCGUAAAAUUGUUGCAAGUGAAGGUUUUGGUAGAUUAUAUCGUGGUUUAAUUCCACCAUUAAUGUUAGAAGCUCCAAAACGUGCCGUUAAAUUUGCUGCAAAUGAUUUUUGGGGUAAAACUUAUCGUGGUCUUGCGGGAACGGAUAAAAUGACUCAAGGUCUUUCAAUCCUAACUGGUUGUUCCGCCGGUGGUGUGGAAGCAUUUGUCACCGUUCCAUUCGAACUUGUAAAGAUCAAAUUGCAAGAUAAAGCCCAGGCACAUCUUUAUAAAGGACCCGUAGACGUUAUCAAGCAAGUAGUAGCAAGAGACGGUUUAUUGGGAAUGUACUCCGGGUUAGAAAGUACUUUCUGGCGACACGUUUUAUGGAACGGUGGUUAUUUCGGAUGUAUUUUCCAAGUUCGUUCAUUAUUGCCAAAGCCACAAAGUAAAGGACAAGAAUUGCGUAACAAUUUCAUCUCAGGUGCAAUUGGUGGAUUUGUUGGAACAGCAUUAAAUACACCUGCUGACGUUUUCAAAAGUCGUGUUCAAAAUGCAACUUGGGCCCCGGGACAAAAGAAACCUUGGACUUUCCCUGGAAUUGCUAAAAUUGCCAAAGAAGAAGGAUUUAAAGGAUGUUAUAAAGGUUUCACACCAAAAGUACUCCGUUUAGCUCCCGGUGGUGGUGUUUUGCUCUUGGUUGUCGAAGUCGUUCUGGAACAAUUCCGUCGCGCAAUGGGACCUCCUUAUAUCUAAAAGAAGUCACUCUAAGAAUCUCAUUGCUGGAUAGAGUACGACAAUGUAUGCAAGUCUUUCGAUAAAAGUGGUGACAUUGACGUUAAUUUCAAUCUCAAUAUAGUGUACAAUAGAUUGCAUUCUAAAAAUACAUGCCUUUUGUAGAGCAAAUCAGUUUCAUGAUGAAAUAGUUGCAAAUCCUUCCAUCCAAUCUCGCUCGGCAGAAU